AUGGAAAAAAGCACAGUGACAAAUAGCCCUAAAAAAGAAGUUUGUUAUGAAAGGCUAGGGUGUUUUGAAGAUGAUUUGUCAUGGACUGGGCCUUUGUUAAGAGUGUUGACAGGUUUACCCUGGUCCCCAGAGUCGAUAAACACUCGCUUUCUGCUCUACACUCUACAUAAUUCCAGAAUCAAUGCAGUUGACGGUUUAAAUAUCCAAGCCUCAUAUUGUGGAAAAGGCAAUAUCACUCAUAUCAACAUACCUGGGUGGAAAACAGAUGACAAAUGGCAGACAGACCUGUGCAAUGUCUGAUUGUUGCUACAAGUGGAAGAAAUAAACUGCAUUCAUUUAAAGUAGAACAGUGGUUCCCUGAAAUAUAUCCAUGUUGUUAACAAUUUCUGUGUUUUUGGUGCUGAGGUGGCUUAUUUAUUGGAUCCUAUUGGAAAAAAAAUUGGAUAUUCCCCUUCUAAAGUGCACUUGAUUGGCCCUAGCUUGGGAGCACAUCUGGCUAGGGAAGCUGGGUCAAGGAUACCAGGCCUUGGAAGAAUAACAGGGUUGGACCCAGCUAGGCCAUUUUUCCAUGGCACUCUGAAGGAAGUCAGGCUAGACCCUUCAGAUACCAACUUUGUUUAUGUUACUCAUACACGUGCAGCUUGCAUCCUCAUUGAGCUUGGUAUUAGAACUACAGAUGCUUGUGGUCACCUUGACUUUUACCCAAAUGGAGGGAAGCACAUGCCAGGAUGUCAAGACUUAAUUAUGUCUUUUAAAUUUGAUUUCAAUGCUUAUAAAGAAGAGGUGAUUUCCUUUAAUUGUAACCAUGCUCAAAGUAAUUGCUUUUAUGUCAAAAGCAUUCUUAAUCCUGAUACAUUGAUUGCUUAUCCUUGUAGAUCCUACAAAUCUUUUAAAGCAGGAAAUUGCUCUUGUCCCAAAGAAGUUUGCCCAGCAAUGUGUCAUUUUGCUGAUAGAUUUUACCUUAAAAAUAUGAAGACUAAUGGAUCAUAUUAUUUUUUAAACAUGGGACUUCUUUCCUCAUUUGCCUGUUGGAGGCACAAAUUGUCUGCUAAACUGAGUCGAAGCAAAAGCACUCAAGGGUCUAUAUUUCUUCAUGUAGGUGGGACACUUGGGAAAACAAAGAAGUCAGCAAUUGCCAGUGGAAAACUUAAGGCAAGUAUGACUUACACAAAAUUAAUCAAUGCAGAUAUUAACAGUGGAAACAUUACAAGUAUUGUCCAUUUGUAAAAAAAUGUGUUUAGACAUUCUCAGAACAACUUGGGAGCAGAAAUGGUGACAGAUAUAUCAGGAAAAUAUGAAUAUAAAUCUGCCUUCUUUACCUAGGAUGUUUUGAGACAUAUUGCCCAGAGCCUGAAACCAUGCUAA